AUGGGAGACACCCCCACAUACCAUCGGUCACAAGCGAACGCUCAGCAGCGACGGCGGCACAGACUCAAUGCUGCCCAGAAAAGAAGCUCGAGAAGCCACUAUCAUCCCAAGAACGCGGAAUGUGUACGGCGAUACGAAACAAAAACUCUUGUCAGCCAUGCUCUGCGUCUGGUCUUGUUCGUACUCGAUGAUGGUUGGGCGUUAACUGGGUAUUCGUCCGCGGCUUGGAUCGGGGUAAAACUAAAACAGUUCGUUCCCGAUAGCCUGGGUUGUGGGAUCCAGCAGGCAUCGCGAUCAAGGCUUAUUAUGAUGAUGAUUUCAUCGGGGGCCCGUGUGGUCAGAUACCAUCUUCGCUUCCAUUCCACAUGGGCAAACGGUCUACAUACGGUACUGGAUGAUCAUUUGGAGCUGCUUCAAGAGGCAAAUGUCAGCCGCGUUUGCCCUGCCUAA